AUGGUAUCGAGAGAUAUUAAUAGCUGGGUUACUGGUAAGGGAAUCAGAGAUCUCGCUCAGAAAGGGAGUCGAGUAUUCAUGAGAUGGGAAUGA